AUGGAUGUCCGUACUCGUUGGAAUUCUACCUAUGCCAUGCUAAAGGAUUACUAUGCUAAUAGAGAAUCGUAUGAGGAGUUUUUGAAGGAUGCCCCCGAGCAUGUGAAGCCAAACUCUCCUAUUUAUACGACGUGUAAACCUUGUAAACUGAAAGACACCGAGUAUGGUUUAAUGCUGGCUAUCUGUAAUACUCUAGAGCCUUUGAAUGAUGCCACCAAACUGCUUAGCGCUUCGAAAUUCAGUACCCUCACACAGCUUCGUGAGGUUAUCUCUAUGUUGAAGCUCUUUUCACAACCGAGCGAGACUAAGAGCACUGCGUGGGUCAGACGAAUGCAAUGGGCAGACGAAUGCAAGGAAUGGGCCUGA